ACAGUAUGGCUUGUGUUUAAGGUGAUUUGUAUGUCUGCAUAAAUUACAUGGUUCCACUGGUACAAAGUAGCUGCUCUCACAGCGGGACAACAAGUGGAAACCUCGCUACGGGACAGCAUACUGUACAUUCACAAUGUCAACGCAGAAAAACAUUGGCCACUACUGGACCUUGAGGGUCACCAUACUAAGAGCACAGCUCCACCAUUCCCAAGAUUUUUGGUCUGAGUCAGACUGCUACGUUACUCUACGUCUCCCCACGGCGUCAACCAGGACCCACCGGACAAAAACUGUGCCAAACAGCAACGCUCCGGUGUGGAACGAAACCUUCAGCUUCAAGCCCCAAAACCAUUUGAAAAAUAUUCUGGAGAUAAAGGUGUAUGACGAUGACACCAUAACGAGUGAUGACCUAAUUUCCACAAUUAUGUUUGACAUUGGCACCCUCACCCCUGAUGAGAAGGAGACCAAGGUCUUCAUCAUAAACCCUGAGACAAAAGAUGAGCUCUUUGUGGAGUUGGAGCUUCUGAAGAGUGAUGAGUCCGGUCAGGAAUACCGCACAAAUGGCAUCUUAGUGGCUCCCCCAUUCUCUGUUUUGGACGUGUCUAUCGACAAGCUGGAAGACAAUGAAAAGGCUAAGAACAUGAUGCUGAAACUCAGAGGUGCUUAUCAAGAGGAUACUGGAAUCCAGAAAUCCCAGGAAGCAAAAAAACGCUUUUUUAUCAACAGGGACUUGGAGACAGAGCUAGGAAUGAUGCACUCAGAUGAUGCCAGUGAGAUGUAUGAUAUAUCUGCCACUGCUGUUCCUCUGUUAUCCUCUGUCCCACUCCAGCCACUGCCAGCCAAACAUGAAGGCAAAAUAACUCUACCUGUUGGUCAGGACACUGUGGAUUUAGAGCUGCAAGCACAUGAUAGGGCUGAGGGUCUUGAGAUGCGUCUGGAUUUUGAUCUCCCACCCCAGGAGACAGAAUAUCUUAAAAAAAGGAAAGGGUUUGUGGGACAGGCCUUGCAGAAGAUGUUAGCCCUCAGCUCUCCACCUGAAUUUGAAAAAGUGCCAGUAAUAGCGGUGGUGGGUUCAGGUGGUGGGACCAGAGCGAUGACAGGCCUGUUUGGCAGUCUGAGGGGGCUGCAGCAAAUAGGCGUCCUGGAUGCUGUCACUUACAUCACUGGUGUGUCUGGAUCCACAUGGGCUAUGUCAAGCCUGUAUCAGCAAGCCAACUGGUCACAGCAGGACAUAGACACUGUCAUCUCAGUAAUGGAGGAGAGGUUUACCAAAAGCUUCAUGAGUUCCUUCUCCAUUGAGAAACUGCAGUACUACCAAGAUGAACUGGACGAGAGAUUGAGGGAGGGUCACAUUGUGUCUUUUGUUGAUAUGUGGGGCCUGAUUAUUGAGCAUUUGCUCUUCGGGAAGAAAAACACCAGUACCCUGGCUGAGCAGGAGAGGGCAGUAAGUGAGGGCCAAAACCCUUUCCCUAUAUACACAGCUGUCAACAUGAAGGACAGACUGACAGGCUGCGAACCUGAGGCUGAGUGGUGUGAGUUUACGCCCUAUGAGGUGGGCAUUCCCAAGUAUGGAGCGUUUGUUCGAGCUGAGGACUUUGGGAGUCAAUUCUUCCUCGGUCAUAUGAUCAAAAAACUCCCAGAAAUCCGCAUCCCUUAUCUGAUCGGGAUAUGGAGCAGCGCCUUCUCUGUCAACUUAAGCCAACUGUGGCAGUUUGCUACAGGCGCCAAGCCCUCCUGGAUUGCUUGGACAGGACCUGAUGUCAUAGAAGUUGACAAUGAACCAUCAACUCUGGACACAUACCUCAUAAACCCAAUCACAGAUGUGGGCAAGAUGGUGACUGAUUUUUUCAACAGUCGUCCAGUCGUUGCCCAGAUACAUAAUUUCAUGAGCGGCCUCUUCCUGCACUGGAACUACAACGAACACUGCAAUUUUAAAGCCUGGAAAGACACACAUCCAGAUGCCUUCCCAAACAGACUGACACCAGCUGACUCCACACUAAACCUAGUGGAUUCUGGUCAUGCCAUCAACAUUGGCUGUGUGCCCAUCCUGCGGCCUCAGAGAGAAGUGGACCUCAUCAUAUCCCUCAGUUACUCAUGGGAUCCAGUCAAUAUCUUCAAAGUCUUAAAGAGGACAGCUGCUUACUGCGAGGACCACAAGAUCCCAUUCCCGAGCAUUGACUUUGCCAAACUGGACAGUGAGCCUCAGCAAGAACUCUACAUCUUUGAGGAUGAAGAGAAUCCCAGCGCCCCGAUAGUGCUUCACUUUCCACUUGUCAAUGUCACUUACAAGCAAUUCAAAGCUCCUGGUGUGCUACGGAAGGGUGAGGAGGAGAUCAAAUCUGGGGGGGUGGAUGUGAAGAGCAGCAACUCUCCAUACAAAACCCAAAACCUAACUUACACAGUAGAAGAUUUUCGGGCCCUGGUGGACCUGACCUCCUACAAUGUCAUCAACAACAAGGAAAGCAUACUGAAAAUAAUCCACAGGGCCCUGGAGAGGAAGACAUCGCAGUAGGAGGAAAAGGCAAACCCUCUACAGAAGGAGGCAAACACACUGCAUUUGUGCCAUGUGAUUUAAAAUGAAUAAUUUAGUGAUGGUUCACCGCUGGGAAGUUAUUAGCUAACCAAGUUAUAAAUGUAUGCAGCUUCAAUACCCAACCGGCUCAUGUAGUUACAUGAUAAUUAUGUCAAUUUAGCCCAUUCUCAUUCCCAGGGUGUGAAAGGCUUGAUAAAGGCCUUCUGAAUUUGAUACCAUCACCAAAGGCACCCUUUGGCGUCUGACACCAAAGCAAAAGGCACACAUAGGAGGCCCAAGGCAUAUUUUGGUGUCAGUUUGAGAUGCAGGGGAUGUGUUGGUCAGUCUGAAUUUGCAAGUGCUGGGGCUCUGGUUAAGUUGGUAUCUAAAUGUGUGUUCUGA